AGGUAUUUGGUUUUAGGAUAUUUUAUUAUGAUAAAUGUAAAAUUACUCGUGUUGUUUUGUGUUAGUAAUUUUGGUGGGUGUUUCUGUGACUACUGCAGGGUAUGUCCGAGUCACACGCUGUGCAUGUAUAAGAGACCCGGACCCGGUCCACAUUGCAGAUCGUACGACAAGACGGCUUUGAUAACAAAAGAAGAUGUCGAAACGAUCAUCAACAAAAUCAACCAAAGGAGGAAUUUUGUCGCUCUCGGCUUGGCCAGGAACUUGCCUAGUGCGGCCAAUAUGAAUCACAUGCGCUGGUCUGAAGAGCUUGCCAUAUCUGCCCAACGGUGGGCAGACCAGUGUGACUCCGCAGUCCGCCCUGACAGGAAGGACCUCUGUCGUGAUUUGGUGGAUUCCAAAGUCGGUCAAAGUAUUGCUACUGUGAUGGGUCUAUCGCCUGGUUUAAGCGUAAAAAGUUUCGUGGAAAUGUGGUACAUGCAAGCUUUAGACUACAACGGAAGCGUCACCUAUUACAACCAGUCAGAGGGUCGAAAAACUGAUGAUUUCACACAACUAAUCUGGGCAGAAACGACGCUUGUUGGUUGUGGUAAAGCAAGAUUUAGUACGACAAAGGCACGAUGAUAGACAGAUUCGUUUGUAACUUUGCUCCCAAAGGAAACGUACAAGGGAAACCAGUGUACACAAUUGGAUACCCGGCCACGCAAUGCAAAGAAAACUCUCAUAAAGAUGAAACAUUUGCCGGCCUUUGUAAAUCUGUGAUC